GGCUCAUUGUGUUUUUGCGGUGAGUAAUAUCAACACAGACCAGAGCUGAGUAGUCUCCUUCCUUCAGGUUUUCAUUUUGUAGAGCUCUCACCUUAGACCUACUUUUGAUAUAUAUAUAAAUAAUUUUUGGAGAACUCGGACGCGCUCUUUCCAUUUCUAGGACUCGUUUAAAUACUAAAUAACGUCAUUCAUGUAGGCCUGCUGUAUUUGUUUCCAACCAUCCGGACCUCAGUCCACAGCUUGGUGGCUCAAUGUUUCACCACAUAUGGAGACUUAUUACAGGAUGACCCAGCGGGUGUUUUACUAGAAUUAUCUGUCCAGGAGACGAGCUGAUCGGUGUGAUGAAGGAUAGACUGGCUGAACUGAGUGCUAGCAGAACACAAGCAGAGGAAGAUGUUGCAGUCACAGUGGACAGAGAUGGCUUCAUGGAGAGCUUUUUCAGAAGGGUGGAAGAAGUUAGAGGGCUCAUUGAUAAGAUCUCCCACCAAGUGGAGGAGGUGAGGAAGAUGCACAGCAUGAUCCUGUCUGCACCCAACCCAGAUGACAGAACAAAGGAUCAGCUUGAUGCAUUAACCAACGAUAUCAAAGGGAAUGCCAAUGUGGUGCGAAUGAAACUAAAAUCCAUGGAACAAGGUAUGCCCAAAGAUGACAUACCUAACAGAUCCUCUGUUGACUUCCGGAUCCAGAAAACACAGCACACAGUGCUGUCCAGGAAGUUUGUGGAGGUCAUGACCCAGUACAACGAGACUCAAGUGUCCUUUCGGGAAAGAAGCAAAGGAAGGAUCCAGAGACAGCUGGAGAUAACUGGAAGAGUGACCACCAACGAAGAACUGGAAGACAUGCUAGAAAGUGGAAAUCCAUCAAUUUUCACAUCUGAUAUCAUUUCUGAUUCUCAGAUCACACGUCAGGCCUUAAAUGAGAUAGAAUCACGACACCAGGACAUCAUGCGUCUGGAGUCGAGCAUCAGAGAGCUCCAUGCGAUGUUCAUGGACAUGGCAAUGCUGGUUGAGACUCAGGGAGAUAUGGUCAACAACAUUGAGAACAACGUUUCCAAUGCAGCUGAAUACAUUUGUCGGGCAAAAGAAGAGACCAAAAAGGCAGUGAGAUACCAGAAAAAAUCCCGGAGGAAACUUCUCUUCCUUACCAUGUGUGGGGCUGCAGGUUUACUUUUACUCAUCAUAAUAGUUGGAGUCUUUGAAUGAUGGAUUUCAUGGUUCACAAACUCACAGCAGUCAGCUGUUCCUGUAGUGUUGAAGCCUACACCGGCUCCAUAAUAAGACUGUCAUUCACUAUCCAACAGCAUUACAGAGAGGAUCUCUUGAGCACAGUGAAGUAUAAUAAUGUGAGAUCCACUUUGCACCAGUAACAUCAGACCUCAUGAUACACUGUUCUGGAGCAAUUCUACACAGCUAUAAUAAAGUGUCUUGUCAGCACAUAUCCCUCUCUGUUAGCGGUGAUAUAAUGAACACGGACAGCACAUCAGAUACAUACACUAGUGUACAUUCUGUUUUGCUGCCAUCUUUUCAUGUUGGAUAUCACAUUCAGACAUUUCUUGGUCCGAUGACUUUAAAGUAAUUGUUUGAUGUUUUAGGAAAUAUGUUUAUAUACCCUCUUGCACAGAUUUAGAUGAGAAGAUCAGUACCACUGUAAUGAGAGUGAUAUUGAUCUUCUCAUCUAAUGUUCGGUAAAAAGGCAAAUAAGCGUGUUUACCUAAAUGUUGAACUAUUCCUUUAAUAUUCAAAAGUUAAUGUAAUAAUUGUAAUUCUCUUUAUAAAUUAAAUGUAUAAUUUGUGUUACAUGUUAAAGUGUAUGUUUAAUAUGUAAUUCAUGUGAAUUGAAUGUAAAAGUACCGAAGCUCAGGACUCCAUUAGGAAUAGAAAAAUGUUUAAAAAAAAGAAAAGAAAAAUAAUUAUAUUCACUGUAAUCUUUUCCAGUUAAUUGUUUCUCAGUCAGAAGAAAAAAAUCCCAGUCAAUCAAAUGGGAUUCAUCACUUCAUUCAAUACCACAAAAGAAGCUGUUAUUGCACAUUCAGAAUAUUUGUGACACCUGACCGUACAAAAGUGCCUUCUUUACUUAACCUUUAAUUAUGAAUCCUUAACUUAUUCAGUUGUAUUUAUCGUGAUCACUGUGUGUGAUGACUGAAAUAUUAGUUGUGAAAAAAGUCAUGCUGUAAAGUAGGACUCUUGGAUGAUGUCAUUUCAAGAGCACACAUUUUCAUUUUGAUAGAUUUGAUUCCUUUUUUUAUUUGUUUACAAGUUAUAUCUUGUAUUUUCUAUUGAAGCUGAAUAAUGAAAUCAUGUAAUUUCAAAAAAUAAAAAUGAUUUGCAGAA